GUGUGUCCGUUUGUGUGUGUGUGUGUGUGUGUGUGUGUGUGUGUGUGUGUGUGUGUGUCCGUCUGUGUGUGUGUGUGUGUGUGUGUGUGUGUGUGUGUGUGUGUAUGUGUGUGUGUGUGUGUGUGUGUGUGUGUGUGUGUGUCCGUUUGUGUGUGUGUGUGUGUGUGUGUGUGUGUGUGUGUGUGUGUGUCCGUCUGUGUGUGUGUGUGUGUGUGUGUGUGUGUGUGUGUGUGUGUGUGUGCGUAUUGUAUGUGUGUGUGUCAAAAAGAGAAGAUAGCAGUUCCGAGCAUACAGGGAGGGGAUAAAUAUUGUUCCACCCCCUCCGACCACUUCCUUUUGAACAGCUGUGUGUGUGUGUUUGUGCGUGUGCGUGUGUGUGUGUGCAUGUGCUGUGUCACAGGGUGGGGGACAUGAAAAAAAAGGGAAGGAAGGAAAUGAAAUCCUCACAUUACAGCACAUGCUCACACACUGAUGUAUGGAUUCUGAUAGUCGGCCAUCAAGCUUCAGCCUCUCAGUUAAGCGCCUGAGCGACAGUGUCUGUCAAUCUCGCUGUCUCUCCUCGUGGCUUACAGUGAAAUCAACACCCAGCGCUACCGUCAGCUCACCCGCAUCAGUGCUUGUGGAAUAAUGACUGAGAUCAGGGUGGCCAAGAGCACCUUAUUGGACGGGCUCCUCAGCAGUCCCCACAGUAAGCCUUUUCUCAAGAGACGAUGUCUCAGUGAUAGCUCCGACCUGUUUGCCAUGAUCGAGAGGAUGCAGGGUUGCAGAAUGGAUGAGCAAAGAUGCUCCCUCCCUCCCCCGCUCAAAACAGAAGAGGACUACAUCCCUUACCCCAGCGUUCACGAGGUUCUGGGGCGCAGGAGCCCUUUUCCGCUCAUCCUGCUGCCACAGUUUGGAGGCUACUGGAUCGAGGGGACAAACCAUGAGCCUAAAGACACACCAGAGACAGAACAACCCCCCUGUCCCACCUCCCAAGUCAAACUGGAGACAAACAGCAUGGCCAAGAUCUACAGGAAGCAGUUCAUGGGCAAAGAACACUUUAAUUAUUACACCAUGGAUGCUGCUCUGGGACACUUGGUCUUUUCCAUGAAGUACGAUGUCAUCGGUGAUCAAGAGCAUCUGCGCUUGAUGCUUCGCACAAAGGUAAAAACCUACCAUGAUGUGAUUCCCAUUUCCUGCCUUACCGAGUUCCCUAACGUGGUUCAGAUGGCCAAGCUUGUUUGUGAAGAAGUAAACGUGGACAGGUUUUACCCCGUCCUCUACCCAAAGGCAUCAAGACUCAUUGUCACCUUUGAUGAGCACGUGAUCAGCAACAACUUUAAGUUUGGUGUAAUUUAUCAAAGGUUUGGCCAGACGGCAGAGGAGGAGCUGUUUGGGAACAUGGAAGAAAGCCCUGCCUUUGUCGAGUUCUUGGAGAUUUUGGGCCACAAGAUCGAGCUUCAUGACUUUAAAGGGUUUCGGGGUGGGCUGGAUGUCACUCACGGUCAAACAGGAACAGAAUCUGUCUACACAAGUUUCCAUAAUAAGGAGAUUAUGUUUCAUGUGUCCACCAAACUGCCUUACACAGAGGGAGACUCACAGCAGCUGCAGAGAAAGAGGCACAUAGGCAACGACAUUGUAGCCAUCGUCUUUCAGGAGGAGAACACGCCCUUUGUCCCAGACAUGAUCCAGUCCAACUUCCUGCAUGCGUAUGCAGUGGUGCAGGUGGAAAAUGCAUGCACGGACAACGUCACCUACAAGGUGUCUGUGACAGCGCGGGAUGACGUGCCUUUCUUUGGGCCCGCUCUGCCUGACCCUGCCAUCUUCAAAAAGGGCCCAGAUUUCCGUGAGUUCCUCUUCACUAAGCUCAUCAAUGCAGAGUACGCCUGUUACAAGGCUGAGAAGUUUGCCAAGCUCGAGGAGCGCACACGUUCAGCCCUGCUGGAGACUCUGUACGAGGAGCUGCACAUAAACAGCCAAUCCAUGAUGGGUCUUGGUGGAGACGAGGAUAAGCUGGAGAACGGGGGCAGUGCAGCAGGAGGAGGAGGCUUCUUUGAAUCCUUCAAGCGGGUCAUCCGCAGCAGAAGCCAGUCUAUGGACGCCAUGGGCCUCAGUAACAAGAAGUCACACACAGUCUCCACUAGUCACAGUGGCAGCUUUACCCACAAUCCCGCAGAGAGCCCCAAAACCCCAGGGAUUUCAUUGCUUGUUCCAGGGAAAAGUCCCAGUAAAUAUGGACGCCGCGGCAGUGCCAUAGGGAUAGGAACAAUAGAAGAGUCACUCAUCAUUCCUGGGAAAAGCCCAACCAGGAAAAAGUCUGGACCGUUCAGCUCGCGUCGCAGCAGUGCCAUUGGAAUCGAGAACAUCCAGGAGGUCCAAGAGAGGAGCCGUGAGGUGUCGCCCAGCACCCAGAGGAUGCCGGACAGCUCCUACUUUUCACAGGAAAACCGAUCAGACAACUCGUCCUGUCACAGCUCACCAGAAUUUGCCGCGACUAAACACAGUAUGGCCAUGUGUUGCAGGGCGCCGUCCAUCCCAGAGGCUCAGGACCUUUCCCGCUCCUCGUCCAACGCCAGCAGCUUUGCCAGCGUAGUGGAGGAGAACGAGGCAGAGGAGGAGUACGACACCGGGCUGGAGAGCGUGUCUUGUGUUACUCCAAUCAAGAAAGACUCUUUUGUGUACAGCUCUGUGCUGGAGGACAAUACGAGCAGCACCAGCCAGGAAUGUUUUGCAGCAGCUCCUCAUCCUCAGCAGCAAAGUGAGGCAGUGAAGACAUCAGAGCCAAAGGGGACAGACAGCCCGACCAAGACAGAGCGACCCUCGCAGGAGCACAAGUUCUCACCGAACUGUUAGCCACACUUCUCUGAUCACUACCAUUGAUGUCCAUGUUCAGCAUUCCCAUAAGAGGCAUCUUUUUUACCAAAAGUAAGCCAAGGGCAUCUGAUCGCCACCGCUGACAAUGAGGAGGUGCAGGGUUAGAGGCCAAACCAAGAGACUGACAGAUCUUCCUCUAUGUUUGGCAUGGAUCUGCCGUCUGUCAGGAAAAACAACCAGCUCCACAGAAAAGUACCCACCCACCGCCCUCAUCCAGCUCCAUGUGGAACCCUUCUUGAAUGCUCAAAGCAAAUCAAAGGAAACAGGACGUCCAUGCCCAUACAGCAUCGUGUCUCGUUGUCACAUGUUAGCUGGAAGAAGUCUAGCAGUCUGCUUAUUCUUCAGGCUAGUAAUCUCUGAAACCUGAGUCUCAAUGUAAACACUUUAAUAUUGUACGUCCUCUGUCAAAGGUCAGGAUUUGAACAAGGAGUAACUGUUAAAGUGAAAGUAAUAGAGACCGAUCAAACAGCCAGGGUAUGCUUAGUGGAAAAGUGGUUCCAUAGAGAAGAGCAUCAGUAGAGAGGAAAAUGUUUUUUUAAUGUCAUCCUCACAUCCUACUGUGAUUUCGUACAUGGUUUAAAAUUUGUUGUCCACGCCGGGUGUGUGUGUGUGUGUUGCCUGUCUCGCAGGCCACAAUAUGUGUUUUAUUGAUGGUCUAUCCUUCUUCUGAGUAUUCUGCGGUGAAUAUUUGUCCUGUUAUACGGCAGUUUUGUUUUAUUUGUAAUGUUCUAAUGAAGAAAAACUUUUGUAAUGCUGUUGUUGGGGGCUGUUGAAGCAACUGUCACCUUCCUCCUGGGUGGGUGAAGGCUUGUACCUGACUGUCUGUAAAAAAAAAAAAAAAAGAAGAAUUUUAACAACUUUAGAUUUUAUUGAUGCUGUAACAUGACAGCUGAAUUACUGCAGUGCCCAAACCUGCAAACCUGCAACAUGCUUUCAACCAACGGACUGUGUUUAAGAAGUGGGCAUAGCCACCAUGAUGUCAUACCAUUUACCAUAUUCACCAUUAUUGGCAAUUUCCCUAUAACAACACUCUGGGUGGGAAGCUCUAUGUCCCACAUGUUUAAGUUUUGAAUAUAAAUGACAGAUUUCAGACAAUAUUAUAAUUUAAAGAUUAAUCGUUCAGCAACAAAAAAAAUUGAGCUGUGGAAAUCCUGAUUGAAUACAAGCUAACAGCUAGCUGUAAUGUUGGCUAAACAAAUUUUUAGCUAGUUAGUCUUACUAACUGUAAUGUUGCCUAACUACCUCUAAUGUUAGCUAACAGCAGUAAAAUAUGGGAUAUAAGUGGCACCAGUAUAAAAAGAAACUGUAAUUCAAAGAGUAGCUGUUGAGAUUUUACAUAAAUUAUCAAAUUUGAUGUUCAACUUACAGCCACUUUUCCUUAUUAAUAUAUUAAUUCGGGCGUUGCAGCAGAACAGACAAGUAAGGUCAUUUCUGUUGUUGUUUAAUCAAACAUCUUUAUUUUUAUUAAAAUAAUUAAAAAGUGUGAUUAAAAUUGAAAUUCUUAUUUGGUGUGAAAAAUCUGAGUUUUUAUUUUUAUGUUAAUAUUGCUCAGCCCUAUUUGGACAAGAGGGGGAUAUGCAUAACUGCUCCUCUCUCCUGGCUGAGCUUGUUGAGGUGGCAACUUGUCAAUCACAGGUUGCCAGCAGAGUCGUCGCCCCCCCCCCCCCCCCCCCCCCCCCCUGCUGGUUAUGAGACAGAAUGCAGGGUUAAAGCACUUCCCUUUGGCUUCACUUUUAAAACCACCAAGCUAUGUCCACUUCUUAUACAGUCUAUAAUGAAACCAAUACUUUAAGGAGAUGAUUUUUGUCUCCAAAUACUCCUGGGUCACACACCACUUGUUGAUUUCUGAUGUCUCUGUACGGUUGUGUGUUUAAACAGCGGAACUGUGCAUGGUGUAACUCUGCUUGCCAAAAACCUCUCCUCUGUAAACUGGUGCCAUGCUUGACUUAGAGGUGUUGUCUCUGUAAUUUGUGUUUUACUGAAAACCAGCCAAUAUCUCCAGAUGCAGUGCACAUUGCUGAUAAGAGAGCCAAAUGCCACAGUUUCUUAUUUUAUUUCUAAUGUGUAAUAUGUGUACGUAAACUAAGCACUACAUUUUCGGAGAUAUUUCGAAAUGCAGACCUUUUGGAGAACCUGAUUUGUGGCUAAGUGAGAAUUACACUGUGAUUCGUCUUGAAGUUGCCUUUCUAAUGAUUGUGUUGCGGGAGCUGCUUUAAAAGAGGGUCAUUUUUAAAGGCACUGUGUUGCUUGAAUGUAAAACUAGGCAGGUAUGUAUUUAUUCGUACAUAUCUGCUCCAAUGAAUAGCGAUCCUGUGACGACUCCUGACCACAGUACGUGUGAGUCUGACACAGCUCACAUCUCCUGAGCAGAGAGCUUUUUCCUGUCUUCAGUUUGUCUUGAAGGAAAGAAAUGAUUCAUGCAAAUAUUUUUAUUUCACAGUGAAAUGACUGAAGCGGACAUGAGAUUUAUUGCCUACAUGAGUUACAUUUGCUUUGCAUUUACAGUUUGUGAAAGUACAAAUGGUUUGAGGUGGUGGAUCAAAUGCAAAACACACUGUAUUCAUCCUUUUUAGUGCUAGAAAUUGAAAAAACCUUUUUGCAUUGGACUCUACAGAAAAAUGUUAUAGAAAAUAUAGCAAGACAUUUUUGGUAAUAAUACAGCAUUUGAGCCUCUUAAAUUAUUUGUGUAAAGACUUGAUUUGAAAUGAUUUUCCUUGGGACUUUGCAAAUGCUUGAGUAGACGAAGUGUGCCCUCUUGUGGCUUUGUAUUAUUAUAGCACAUGUGAUAACAUUCAUCUAAUUGUGCUUGCACAACAGUUGGUCUCCAAUCACAAGGACUGGGAGUGAAUCAUCGAUGUGCUCAAUUAAAGUGAUUGUAUUUCUGUUCUUGUCAACGGUCUGCUAAAGCCCUUGUUUAAAUGAUUUGUUUGUACAUAUUGCUUUUCAUCCUUUUUGUAAAUAAAGCUGACAAAAAAUGUUUAAUAAAGAUGAAGAUGCAAAAAAAGG